CUAAUGAACACCUUUUUGUAUGGAGUAGUGGCUAAGGCACACAUUCUUUCGCCAGCAAUUUCUGCUGAUAUAAUGCAUUUUGCAUGUUAUUUUCACCAAUUCAUUUCCUGCAUACUUUCCCUAAAAGAUGCAUUUUUGUAUUCACUGUUUUAUUGGAGAACCUCCUCCCAAAUUUGUAUGAGUUUUGAAGGGCAACUGUGUUUUGGUUCUUGUGUUGUUUUGUGAAAUGAGAAUUGGAUAUAUUUGGCUUUAAAUGCAAAGUGAAUUGCAUUUAUCCCUUACUAGGUUAAUAGAUGGCUAAAAGGGCUUGCCCAAAAGUUUUCAACACUUGCAAAAAGGACUCUCUUCUUUGGGCUCAUUGCCAGGGCUAUACCAAAGGGCCAGUGCUUCGACCACUGUUGCCAGAAUUGCAACAUAAAACUGACCCACCUUCUGCAAACAUGCCUUGCUGGGUUAAAGAGUUCAUGUUCCCCGUUCCAGUAAAUCUUCCUCUUCUCAUGACACAGAGCCAUGAACCACUGGUGAAACCAAAAGUGACUUUUGCAAGGUCAGUCAUUAGAAAAAUUAGAAGGUGAGCAACAAGCACUGCUAUGAAGAACUUGCUGGUCUAUCUUCUACCAUUUCUUCAGUGGACAUGCUGUACUUCCCAAAUGGUGAGUGAUGAACCACCUGACAUUGAUUUUGGGGAAAUAAGAAGUGGUGAGAAGGCCGCUUACGUUGAAAGUGACAGAGUGCAAUACAACUGCAACCCUGGAUUUGCAUUGCAAGGCUCCAAGUGGAUAACAUGCAGUGGACAAAAGUGGACACCACCACCAAAAUGCUUGGCACCUUGUAUUGUCACAAAACAACAGCUAGAGGCCAAAAACCUGCUUCUGUCUGGGAAUCGAGUACGGACACAACUGAUUCAACAUAAUCAUAUGUUGCAGUUCCAGUGCAGGGAAGGGCAUGUCCUCACGGUGCCUAUGGACAGGAAGUGUCUUGAUGGGCACAUGGAUUUGCCAUCAUGUAUCUCUGAAAGAGGGAAAAACUGUAGCCGCCCACCUGCUAUUGAGAAUGGAGACAUUAUUACCUUAUCAAAGAAGCAGUACAAGGCUGGCUCUUCAGUUCAGUUCAAAUGCCAAAAAUAUUAUGCUCUGGAAGGAGAUAACAGAACUUUUUGUGAUAAUGGGACCUGGACAAAAGCACCUGUUUGCUUAGAACCCUGUGCAAUCUCUUUGGCUGAAAUGGAAAAUUGGAAGAUAGAAAUUAAAAGGAUGUUGGAUGAAGUCAUAUCUGAAAACAUCUAUGUACCACGUGGUGGUUCUGUUGAGUUCACCUGUAAAAUGGGCUACAUGGUUACAACAAAUCCUUCACAAUCUGUUUCUGUAAUCCAGUGCAAUGGAGAUUCAAUUGUGUAUCCUGAAUGCAAAGAAAUUGUCUGCUCCCCACCACAAGUAGAAAAUGGCAACUUUCAGCCUAAUCAGAUUCAGUAUGAAUAUCAAGACACAAUCGAAACACAGUGUCAGUCUGGGUAUCAGCUUCAGAGCCACCAAGCCACUUCCACGUGUACAGAGACGGGGUGGUCUCCUCCUCCGAUAUGUAUUCCAAAGAACUGUGACUAUAUUCGGAUUGAGAAUGGACAACUAUCUGAUACCCAUGAACGCUGGAAAGACUACUAUUUUCCAAGAAGGGUGGGACAAACAGUUGACUAUCGUUGCAGUCAUGGUUUUCUACCAAGAAAUAAAGAAACAUGGGAUAGAAGUUCAUGCACCAAAUUCGGCUGGAGUCCAGAACCAAAAUGCUUCAAGAAAUGUGAUAUUCCUAGACUGCUUGCACAUGGUACCUUCAAUGCCCAUACUUGGCAGAAGUUCAUAGAAGGUGAUGAAAUUUCGUAUUCUUGUGAGGCUGGAUAUCAUCCUACAAAUCAACAAGCUAAGGCCGUGUGCACCAAAAAUGGCUGGUCACCUACUCCACGUUGUAAUGUAAAAAGGUGA